AUCUUUUUUGGGCUGUGUCGAUAAAUUUUCCGCGAGUUCCUAGCGUUUCUCAUUUCAUUUCUUUUGAUGACGGGUCUUUCCGCCACUGCAUCCGUUCGAAUUAUUACAAAAAAGGUUCCCCAGUCCGAUCCAGAGACAAAGUGUCCCACAAAUACAGCAGCAAAGAUGUGUGACCGCAAAGCGGUGAUCAAGAAUGCUGACAUGAACGAGGAGAUGCAGCAGGAUGCUGUUGACUGCGCGACGCAAGCGCUUGAAAAGUUCAACAUAGAAAAGGACAUCGCUGCAUUUAUCAAGAAAGAGUUUGACAAGAAAUACAACCCGACGUGGCACUGCAUCGUGGGCCGGAACUUCGGGUCGUACGUGACGCACGAGACGCGCCACUUUAUCUACUUCUACCUCGGACAAGUGGCCAUUCUCCUCUUCAAGAGCGGUUAGACGCCCCCUCCUCGCUCUCUAAAUUUUUUGUUAUUAGCCAUGGACAUAGUACCGGGGGCGCCGGGGCGCGGACUUAUACAUUCCGAAACUUCCCUGCCUCGGCGCUGAGUGAAGUGUUUUUAUCGAAUGCUGGUCAUUUUCGCACUGUUUGUACUAUGUUAGCUAAGAUUCCAUUAAGUCAACUCUAAAACUGUACAACAUUCACAUCUAGUGUAUUUAUAUUAAAGAAAAUUUUAGUUUUAA